AUGUUCGCCUUCGAUCCGUCGGUGCUGCCCCAGCUUACAACCCGCAAGGCUCUGAUAGUGGUUGACCUUCAAAACGACUUCGUCGAUGCCGUUGACGCCGGGCUACCAGUUACGCAACCCGAUGGAUUCGUUGACCGCAUAGUCGAGGUCGCAACUGCUUUUCGUUCGGUGGGCGAUGUUAUCUGGGUUCAGUCUCAGUUCGACAAGGCCCGCGGGAUCGACAGCGAUCAGAUCAUACUGUCCGACAACACGCCGACUUCCCAAAGCAAGGGCAAAAACGUCGCCACCGAGGGAACUUCCGAUGACUCAUUGGAUGCUGAGGCUUUCCUAAGCCAUGAGGAGCCAUCUUGCGUGAAGCCUUCCCACCCGGGGUGCGACAUGCCCCAGGUUGUUGCGGAGGCGGUCCGCAAGAGCGAUAUCAAAUUGACCAAGUCUCACUACUCUGCGUUUAACGGGACCCAUUUGUUACGCUCUCUGCGUGGCAAGAUGGUCAUGGAAGUUUUCAUCUGCGGCUCCCUGGCCAACAUUGGCGUCUAUGCGACCGCCAUGGAUGCUGCUGGCCAUGGAAUGGCCAUCACCGUCAUCAAGGAUUGCUGCGGCUAUCGUCACGAAUCCAGGCGGAUCGCAGCUAUGAAGAGCUUAGUGGAGCUGACUGGCUGUGAGUUUCUGUCCUCUCAAGAGGUUCUGAGCACCUUGCCGUCGGUCGAGCCGGAGACCAAGCCGGAGACCAAGCCGUCACCUGAAGCGCCAAAACGGGUACCAGCGAAAGCAACAGGCGUCAGCACUGCUGAAGAUAUCACCCAAUCGCUGCUGGAACUCAAGCUAGAUUCCAGCCCAUCUGACCCUGCCACUGUCGUAAAAGAAACAAUAUCGGAACCGGUGGCGAAGAAGGAAUCCCAGGCUUCUGGGACGGAGAGACAGGCUGCUGGCACAGAAUCCCAGCCCUCAGUCGCUGCAUCUGCCGAUGCUGACAGCGAAUCUGAAUCAUCGCCUCAACAGACGCUCUGCGAAGGUGAUGCCGAUGUCAUUCUGGAUGCAUUGCCAAGCGGCUUAGCAGAAGAAGCUUUUGAAAAGUUGGAAAAGGAGGUGCUUUGGCAGCGCAUGUCGCACCAAGGCGGCGAGGUUCCUCGGCUGGUUGCUGUUCAGGGCGAGGUCAGCGAAGACGGUACCAUGCCAGUCUAUCGCCAUCCCGCUGAUGAAUCCCCACCGUUGCUUCCCUUCUCUCCAACGGUCAAGGCCAUCAAGGACGAGGUAGAGAAGCAUCUCGGCCACCCCCUGAACCAUGUUCUCAUUCAGUUCUACCGUGACGGAAAUGACUACAUUUCCGAACACAGCGACAAGACACUGGACAUUGUCAGGGGGUCAUAUAUUGCCAACCUCAGCCUCGGAGCGGAAAGAACCAUGACUUUAAGGACUAAGAAGCUGGAUAAGGGUCUUUCCGGAGCGGCAUCCGACGAUGGAAAGCGAAAGAUUCAACGGGCUAAGCUCCCGCACAACUCGCUGUUCCGCAUGGGCUUGCAGACCAAUAUGAAGUGGCUCCAUGCCAUCCGACGCGACAGGCGUGCGGACCGUGACAGGUCGGCUGCGGAGCUGGCCUAUUCCGGGCGCCGUAUAUCGCUCACAUUCAGGCAUAUUGGCACGUUUCUGGAUCGUGACGAGACCAUUAUCUGGGGCCAGGGAGCGACCGGCAAGACUCGUGACUCUGCACAGGCGAUCAGAAACGGCCAGAGCUCCGAUGCUGUGAACAUGAUACGAGCGUUUGGCAUGGAGAAUCAUGCGUCCGAUUUUGACUGGGACGCCCAUUACGGCGGCGGCUUUGACGUGUUACACAUUAGUAACUCGCCCAGGUUCUUUGCCUCCGCGGAUCCCGUAGUCAACAUGCGCAUUGUGCUCAUGCUGACUGACUUUGGUAUCAAGUUCGCCAAGGGGAGCAUGGCUUCUGGCACCGACGUUCAGAGCAGCAGUCGAGGCAACCCAUCGGCGUUCUGGUCGCCGCCCAUCAAGUUCGUUGACAACGACGCUGCCAGAUCCGUCGUCCAAGGCGACAUGGCCAUCAUGCUCUAUCUGUACUCCCGCUACGGCCCGGGCCUCGGUACAGAGGCAGGCUCCGCUUCACCUGGUCCAGAAAAGCUUGCCGUGCUAUACAGCCAGCUGCAGCAAGGGCUGAAUCUCUUGCACAUCUGGCGGCAAGCGAGAAGCGAAGGAGAUGUCCCUGGCGGAGCAUUGCCCGGGAAAUUGAAGCAAGAGCUUGCCGUUUGGGAAGGCAACAUUGCCGACGACGAGGGCAAAGGCAAACGCCCCGUGUUUCUCUGUGCGGACACUUUGACUCUGCCUGAUUUUGCCACGUGGCCGGUUCUGCAUUUCAUCGUGGAAGAGUAUGGCCUGGACGUAGCGUUCAAAGGCCUGGACAGAUUACGAACCUAUUAUGAGACUGUUCGACAACUGGACAGUGUCGCUGCGGCUGUUGGAAAUCAAUGA